AUGGGCAAGAUUGCAUAUGAGUUAGAUUUGCCGAAUGAGCUGGUGUUGGUGCAUCCAGUGUUCCAUGUCUCAAUGUUGAAGAAAUAUAUUGGGGAUCCAUCAACCAUAGUCCCCUUAGAGGGUUUAGAGGUUAAAGAGAAUCUUGCUUAUGAAGAGGUGCCGAUUGAAAUUCUAGACCGGCAAGUCAAGAGGUUGAGAAACAAGAAAGUUGCCUCCGUGAAGGUUUUAUGGAGAAAUCAUUUAGUUGAGGGUGCUACUUGGAAGGCCGAGGCCAAUAUGAAGUCCCAGUACCCUCAUCUCUUUCCUUCUACUUCUAUUCAAGCUUAA